CGGGCUCCCCCUAGCGGCCACCGUGAUGAAGCGCACCCGUGACGCCGCGCCUGCUGCAGCAGUGUGUUUGUUUCCGCCGUCGCCGCCGUCAAUAGCGACAUCAUGGAGACCAAACCGGUUAUCACCUGCCUCAAGACCCUCCUCAUCGUCUAUUCCUUCGUCUUUUGGAUCACCGGCGCCAUCUUGCUGGCUGUGGGAGUAUGGGGCAAGUUGAUGCUGGGCCCAUACAUCUCUCUCAUCGCCGACAACUCCACCAACGCCCCCUACGUGCUCAUCGGUACCGGGACCGUCAUUGUGGUUUUUGGCUUGUUCGGAUGCUUCGCCACAUGCAGAGGAAGCCCAUGGAUGCUCAAACUGUACGCCAUGUUUCUGUCGCUGGUCUUCCUCGCCGAAUUGGUGGCCGGGAUUAGUGGAUUUGUCUUUCGUCACGAGAUAAAGGGAACCUUCCACAGGACGUACACCGACGCGGUUCUCAACUACAACUCUGAGGAUGAGGCGAGCCGCGCUGUUGACAACCUGCAGCACAGACUGCGCUGUUGCGGGGUGUACAACUACACCAGUUGGUUCGGCAGCGUGUAUUAUCCCUUGAACGGCAUUCCCGCUAGCUGCUGCAUCAACUCUUCGGACUGCGACCCGAACGACCUCCGCAACGCGACUGUGGCUCCCAACAAAGUUUAUCACCAGGGUUGUUACGAGCUCGUCACUUCAUUCAUGGAGACCAACAUGGCCAUCAUCGCAGGCGUCACCUUUGGCAUUGCCUUCUCACAGCUGAUUGGUAUGCUGCUGGCAUGCUGUCUUUCAAGGAUCAUCACAGCCAACCAGUACGAGAUGGUGUAGCUGACAUCACUUGGCAGUGAGAUGAAGAGAAACGAGAGCACGUUCUGUCCUUCAACCCUCCUGAAACAGCCCAUUUUUGGUUUGCCUCCCUCCCGUCUCUCUGCCCGUAAUGUGUACAUGAUGUACAUCGACAGACACAUACAGUAGGAUCACAUCAGCGUCAUGCCCACUCACCGCUGUGUGUGCCACACAACACACUGUCCCACCGACUGCACUGAAGGCUGGCUUUUUGCACACGUCAACACUGAAAACCUAGUGCUUUAAUAGAUGUAUUUAAUUCGUAGUAGGUAUCGUUAUUAAUACGGGUACUGUACAGGUAGUCCCUGGGUUACGACCGACUCGACUCACGCGAUUUCGACUUUACGACGCCGGAGUCUCGUCCGCCAUUUUGUCUCCAGUCAACAGUUUUUUUAAGCUGCGUAAACUUUUGUACCACACAGUAUAUAACUUUAUUAACUUGACGUGUUCGGUCCUCACUAAACGUUACAUUAUUCAGCUUGACAGACAGCAAACAAAGCAAUUGUGUUUUUUGAAGCUUUUCUCUUCCUUAAAGCUGUAGCACACAUUCACUACUGGCCAAAAGUAUUGGCACCACUGCAAUUCUGUCAGAUAAUUAGGGCUGCAGUUAUCGAUUAUUUUAGUAGUCAAUUAAUCGAUGAACUAAUUAGUUCGAAUAAUCGAGUAAUCGAAUAAGGAACAUGAAAAAUUUAAAUACCUGAGCUGAGCCACAAAUGGUAUAAAAAAAUAAAUAAGGAUCUAUGUACAACAAAAGAACAAUUGUCUAACUUACAUAGCAAAAGUCCGCUAGCUUAAAUGCUAUAAAAUGCUAACUUUUUUUUAAAUGCUCCUACCAAAUGGUUCAGACACAUAUUCCCCCCAAAAAAGGCUAAAUAUACCUAUAAACUACAUUACGAAUGCAUUAAAAAAAAAUAUGAGCUCAAACAAAAACUUAGCUUUCGUUGGUCUGAACAGGGAACAGUUGGAUUCAGCCAUAUGAAAUGAGGCAGACCAGAGGGUAGUGUAUCCACCCUAAUCAAUCAAACGAAAUGCAAACACUUUCAAAAUAAACCACUUCAAUUAAACGAAUACUCGAAGCAACAAAAUUUCAUUCGAAUAUUUUUUUUCUAAUCGAUUACUCGAGUUAAUCUAUUAAUCGUUGCAGCACUACAGAUAAUGCUCAAUAUCUCCCAGAAAAUAAUUGCAAUUACAAAUACACAGAUAGUAUUUGUAGUAGUAAUAUCUUCAUUUAUUUUGCUUCCAAUGGAAAAAAAAAAGAAUGGAAAAAAUAUUAAAUCAUUAUCAUUUUACACAAAACUCCAAAAAUGGGCCGGACAAAAGUAUUGGCACCCUUUGAAAAAUCAUGGGAUGCUUCUCUAAUUUGUGUAAUUAACAGCACCUGUUACUUACCUCUGGCACAUAACAGCUGGUGGCAGUAAGUAAAUCACAUUUGCAGCUAAUUAAAAUGGAUUUAAGUUGACUCAACCUCUGUAUUGGUAUUAAUAUCUUUAUUUAUUUUGCUUGCAAUGAAAAAACACAAAAGAGAAUGUUUAAAAAAAAAAAAAAAAAUCAUAUAAAAAAACUCAAAAAAUGGGACCGGACAAAAGUAUUGGCACCCUUUGAAAAAUCAUGUGAUGCUUCUCUAACAGCACCUGUUACUUACCUGUGGCACAUAACCGGUGGUGGCAGUCACUAAAUCACACUUGCAGCCAGUUACAAUGGAUUAAAGUUGACUCAACCUCUGUCCUAUGUCCUUGUGUGUACCACAUUGAGCAUGGAGAAAAGAAAGAAGAUCAAAGAACUAUCUGAGGACUUGAAAAGCAAAAUUGUGAGGAAGCAUGGGCAAUAUCAAGGCUACAAGUCCAUCUCCAAAGACCUGAAUGUUCCUGUGUAUCUACCGUGAGCAGUGUCAUCAAUAAGUGUAAAGCCCAUGUCACUGUGGCUAACCUCCCUAGAUAUGGAAGGAAAAGAAGAAUUGACGAGAGAUUUCAACAAAAGAUUGUGCGGCUGGAGAAUAAAGAACCUCGACUAACAUUCCAAGAAGUUCAAGCUGUCCCACAGUCCGAGGGUACAACAGUGUCAACCCGUACUAUCCGUCAGCGUCUGAAUAAAAAGGGACUCUAUGGUAGGAUAUCCAGGAAGACCUCACUUCUGACCCAGAGACAUGAAAAAGCCAGGCUGGAGUUUGCCAUAACUUACCUGAGAAAGCCAAAAAUGUUUUGGAAGAAUGUUCUUUGGUCAGAUCAGACAAGAGUAGAGCUUUUUGGGAAAAUGCAUCAACAUAGAGUUUACAGGAAAAAAAACGAGGCCUUCAAAGAAAAGAACGCGGUCUCCACAGUCAAACAAGACGGAGUUCCCUGAUGUUUUGAGGUUGCUUUGCUACCUCUGGCACUGGACUGCUUGACCGUAUGCAUGGCAUUAUGAAGUCUGAAGACUACCAACAAGUUUUGCAGCAUAAUGUAAGGCCCAGUGUGAGAAAGCUGGGUCUCCCUCAGAGGUCCUGGGUCUUCCAGCGGGACAAUGACCCAAAACAUACUUCAAAAAGCACUAGAAAAUGGUUUGAGAGACAGCACUGGAGACUUCUAAAGUGGCCAGCAAUGAGUCCAAACCUGAAUCCCAUAGAACACCUGUGGAGAGAUCUGAGAAGGCACCCUUCAAAUCUCAGAGACCUGGAGCAGUUGGCCAAAGAUGAACGGUCUAAAAUUCCAACACAGCAUUGUAAGAAAGUCACUGAUGGAUACUGUAAGCGGUUGUUUGCAGUUAUUUUGUCUAAAGGUUAUGCUACCAAGUAUUAGGCUGAGGGUGCCAAUACUUUUGUCCGGCCCAUUUUUGAAAUUUUUUGUAAAAUGAUAAUGAUUGAAUUUUUUUCAUUCUCUUUUGUGUUUUUUCUUUGCAAGCAAAAUAAAUGAAGAUAUUACGACCAAAGCAUUUGUAAUUGCAAUCAUUUUCUGGGAGAAAUUCAGCAUUAUCUUGCAGAAUUGCAGGGGUGCCAAUACUUUUGGCCAGUAGUGUAUGUACACUACUCUUCAAAACGACACACAUUUUAACAAUAAAACACCUGACACAUAACAAUUGGUGGUCAAACGUCCAUCUCGUCUGUUUAAAAUGUAAAUUUAGUAGAUUAAAUUAGCAUAACUUGCCUAGCAAAACUUCGCUAGCUUAAAUGCUACGAAUGCUAAUGUAUUUACAAUUUUCAUAGGAAAUCGCUCACACAUAACUCCACAAACUGUAGCCCUAAACUUAAUUACCAAUGCAUACACAUAUAUUAGCUUAAAAACUACAAAAACAGCUAGUGCUGCAACGAUUAAUCGACUAACUCCAAUAAUGCAAUUAGAAAAAAGAUUCGAAUUAAAUUUUGCUGCUUCGAGUAUUCGCUUAUUUAAAGUUGCGUUGUAAUGGUUUGUCUUGAAAGUGUUUACAUUUAGUUUCAUUGAUUUGGGUGAAUACACAUCCCUCUAGUGGUGGCAGUGAAUAUGACGUAACUCAUUUAGCAUGGCUGAAUCCAGCUGCUCCCUGUUAAGACCGACAAAAGUUUUCGUUCCACCUAAUGUUUUUUAAUGCAUUUGUAAUUUAGUUUAUUGGUAUAUUUCUGUUUUUUGUUGGAAUAUGUGUUUGAACAAUUUGUUAAGAGCAUUGAAAAAAAAAAAACAAAAAAAAAAAAAACAGGAUUUUAUAGCAUUUAAGCUAGUGGACUUAUGCUAUGGAAGUUAGCCAAUUGUUCUUUUGUUGUACUUAGAUCCUCAUUUAUUUAUUUUUUUUACCGUUUGAGGCUCAGCUUAGUAUUUUAAUUUGCUAUGUUCCUUAUCCGAUUACUCAGUUAUUCGAACUUACUAGUUCAUCAAUUAAUCGACUACUAAAAUAAUCGAUAGCUGCAGCCCUAGACGUAACAGCAAAAACACGAAAUGUGAGACGAGUCAAGGUGACAGUCCAGCCACACCCAACACUGCCACCAGAGGGCAGUGUAUCCUCCAUCUUUAAACAACAUAAAAUACUUUUGGACUUUUUGGAUUAGUUAACUCAUUCACUCCCAGCCAUUUUCACCAGAGCAAGGCCCUUCGCUCCAGGCCGUUUUACUGGAUUUGACUGAUUUUGCAAGGCCCACAGAAAAUUCUGUUCUAUUGCUAUAUAAACAUGGAAGCCACCAAAAGAAAUAUUAGACUCUCUUCUUUCAGCAGGAAAAAAAAGUAAGUUCACAUCUUUUUCCAUUCUUUAGAAAUCAGCAUUAGAAAAUGGCUUAGUUUGAGCAAUUUUCCGAUUUCUGAUGAAAAAACAGAGAAAUUGAGCUUUUUGUGUAAGCAUACAUUACAAACAUAACUUUGACUUUAACACAGCUAUUUUUUGCUUUUGUUACAUCCCAAACAUCUAAAUAAUGUUUUCCUUUCACAAAAUAUCAUAAAGAACAAGACAAAUAGAGCUUUUGAUACCAAAGCAACAUUUAUUUACACAUAACUGAGUGAUGACACUGUUGUCGUCGCGACAGCCAGGUAUACUUUUCCCUCAUCCCUGCCUGUCUCAUAAAGAUGGAAUUUUUUUUUAGUCUCUGCGGGGUCUGCUCGGCGAGCAGCACGGACCCAACGGCAUCUUCCGCUGUACUGGUGGUCCCGACCGUGCGGCGGGGCCGUUCGUUGCCGUUAAAUCGGGUUACGGGUCUUACCAAAUACGCUACUGCCCUCCAGGGGCCAGUUUUAUUGCUUUGAAAUGGAUUUUCAGCUUUGUGCUUUGGAGCUCAGUUGAAUCAGGACCCAGAGAUGUUUUAUAUGGGAAAAAAACGUAAAAGACAUAUAAAUACGUCUUUUGGACACUGAAACAAUUGAAAAUAGAACGUAUUUAUACGUUUUUGGGAGCGAAUGAGUUAAUUCCGACCUACGCGAAAAUUCCGGUUACGUCGCCAGUGUAGGAACGGAACUCGUUCGUAACCCGGGGACUAACUGUACGAUGUUUUCAAGGAGCCACAAUUUGCUCAACCAGUUGGGGGGGGGGGGGGGGGGUCUGUUACACUGCAAACUAGUUUUUUUUUCUCCGCAAUUUAUGAAAAUUGCAUUCAUGAGAAGAGUUUCAAGUAUUAGGAACACUAAAAAGAGAAGAAAUAACUUAUUAUAAGUCAGAAUGAACAUGUAACUUGGGCUGUCAAACGAUUAAAAUUUUUAAUCGAGUUAAUUACAGCUUAAGAAUUAAUUAAUCGUAAUUAAUCGCAAUUCAAACCAUCUAUAAAAUAUGCCAUAUUUUUCAUGUAAAUUAUUGUUGGAAUGGAAAGAUAAGACACAAGACGGAUAUAUACAUUCAACAUACGGUACAUAAGUACUGUAUUAGUUUAUUAUAACAUAAAUCAACAAGAUGACAUUAACAUUAUUAACAUUCUCUUAAAGCGAUCCAUGGAUGGAAAAACUUGUACUUCUUAAAAGAUAAAUGUUAGUACAAAUUAUAGAAAUUUUAUAUUAAAACCCCUCUUAAUGUUUUCGUUUUAUUAAAAUUUGUAAAAAAUUUUAAUAAAAAAAUAAACUAGUAGCUCGCCAUUGUUGAUGUCAAUAAUUACACCAUGCUCACUCAUGGUACUAACCCAUAAAAUCAUUUGGACCCAAGCGCCAGCAGAGGGCGCCAAACAACAAAAAACAAGUAACAAGCGGAUAUUACACUGCUGUCAUUUUAAUCUGUUUGAGCGGGGCAUGUGCGUUAAUUGCGUCAAAUAUUUUAACGUGAUUAAUUAAAAGAAUUAAUUACUGCCCGUUAACGCGAUAAUUUUGACAGCCCUACUUAUUAUAAGUUAGAAUGAAAAUGUACCAGCAUUUUUUUUUUUCAGUCGACAUAUAACAAAUGUUAUGAAAAUAUUUGAUAAAGGUUGAAAAUUGACCUAGUGUUGCUCUAAAUUCUCACUAUUUCAUAUGUAUAGGCAUUAUUCCCCAAAUCACAACUUUUUUCAUGAUUAUGAAUACGUAGUUCUCCUAAAAGUACACAUUUUUCUUGCAACCUAACAACUUUAUGUCGGUAAAAUAAAUCCGUUUUUCCUUGCAAUAUGACAUUUGAACUUAGCUUUCCGAGUGACAGUGUCGCGUGUGGCGCAUCAACACAUCAUCAUAUCUGUAGAUAUGUACUUUCUAAUGAUAAUCACCAUGUAAUGUUUGAAUCCGAUAUGCUAAUUGGCUGUUUUUAAUCUGCUCUUUAGACGUGAAGUAUAUGUUUGCACUGACUAGUACCUAGUAGCUGGCUGAUAUUCUAAUAUAGACUUCUUCUCAAAUUUCUGAAAAAUAUUAUUAUUUAAAUGUCUGUAUUUUUUCCUUGUGUUAUUUAGUGGAGCUUGAGUUUUAUUCCAUUUGGUGGCUUUGUUUUUAUAAACUACUUGCUGUUGUAAAUGGCUUUGAGUAGACGUAUGUUUUCUCUUGUACAUACUUAAAAAAAACACACACGUAAUGUCAUCCAGCUUGCAUACGAUCACUAGUACACACGCGCAAACAUUUUAAUAUUGACAAUGUCACCAUCAGUGGUCUUAUGAUUAAUAUGAUUAAUAAAAUGACAAGGUGGAACAUUG